AUGGAACCUGCUGAAGCAAAGAACUUCCCAUUAGAAAAACAAUAUAAAUCCACGAAACUUUACAGGACGGAGAUCCAGCCUCCAUUUAAACCUGCUUCUGGAAGACCGGAAGAUACAUUUUGCUUUGACCCAGAAUUCACAGCAAAAACUCCCAAAGAUUCUCCUGGAGUCCCGCCAAGCGCCAAUGCCCAUCAGCUCUUCAAAGGUUUCAGUUUUGUGGCAACGAACACUAUAGAAGACCACAGAAUCACCCCUCUCAACAACAUUUUGCCAAUAGUACAGCAACUUCAUGGGAGCAGUGCACUCUUCACAGAUGCCUAUGAACUUAAAGAAGACAUUGGAGUGGGCUCCUACUCGGUGUGUAAGCGCUGCAUCCAUACAGUUUCCAAUAUGGAAUUUGCUGUGAAGAUAAUUGACAAAAGUAAAAGAGAUCCUUCCGAAGAAAUAGAAAUCUUGAUGCGGUACGGACAGCACCCUAACAUUAUUACUUUAAAAGAUGUGUACGAUGAUGGUAAAUAUAUCUACCUUGUCACAGAAUUGAUGAAGGGAGGGGAGCUCCUGGAUCGUAUUCUCAGACAGAAGUAUUUCUCAGAACGCGAAGCGAGUGCCGUCUUGUAUACUAUCGCUAAAACUGUGGACUUGCACUGUCAAGGAGUUGUGCAUCGGGAUCUUAAACCAAGUAAUAUUUUGUAUAUGGAUGAUUCCAAUAAUGCUGAUUCCAUCAGGAUUUGCGAUUUCGGCUUUGCAAAGCAACUUCGGGGAGAGAAUGGGCUUCUCUUAACACCAUGCUACACUGCUAAUUUUGUGGCACCAGAGGUCCUCAUGAGGCAAGGCUAUGAUGCUGCUUGUGAUAUUUGGAGCUUGGGUGUUCUUCUUUAUACAAUGCUGGCAGGGUACACACCUUUUGCGAAUGGACCCAAUGAUACUCCAGAAGAAAUCUUGUUACGGAUAGGUAGUGGAAAAUUUUCUUUAAGUGGAGGCAAUUGGGACACUGUGUCAGAUGCUGCAAAGGAUUUGCUAUCUCAUAUGCUACAUGUAGAUCCACACCAGAGAUACACCGCAGAGCAAGUUCUCAAGCAUUCAUGGAUAGCUUGUAGAGAUCAGCUGCCACAUUAUCAGUUAAAUAGGCAAGACGCGCCACAUCUAGUGAAGGGGGCCAUGGCUGCUACCUAUUCUGCACUGAAUAACAAGACAUUUCAGCCUGUUUUGGAACCUGUUGCAGCUUCAAGCUUGGCUCAGCGAAGAAGCAUGAAAAAGCUAACUUCCACAGACUUAUAGGUCAGCUGGAACAUUUCGCCUACGUGGAACAGAGGAAAACAAAAACAGAAAAAAACCCCAAGAAACAGCUCCUGUAUUUGCCUGCCCUGUGAAUUAAAAGGCAUAUACCAGUUCCUCCUACACUACUUGAAUUCAGUUGAAGAAAGGAAGAAAACAAAAUAAUAAUAAUAAUAUUAAUAAUAAUAAAAACUUCUACCAGUUUAGAGGAUUUAUUGCUGUUCGUAGGUUGGUUUCCGUAGCAUCAGGGUAUUUUGCAACUGUGGUGAGGAAUUUCGGUACACAUUUCAUUUCAGAGAUCGAUCGCAUUAUGUUAAUACUUUUAAAUACUGUAUAGUUUUCAUCCGGUUUAUAAAGAUAUGUAUUAGUUGACCAGAGACGCUGCUCAAGUUGUAAAUUUCAUUUCAGAAGAAAAGGUCAGUGUUUUAAUAUUUUUGCUACCUUGGCCCUAUUGUAAAGACAAAGAAAAGAAAACAUUAAACAUGAUGUGCUCUGGUUUCGUAAGUCGAUCCCCUUAACUGGCGGACUCCAUGCAUUUGAUUCAUGGGUACGAUAAGCCAAGAAUCAUCGAAACAGAUAUCCUAGUGCAAAAUGCAUGAUGGAAGCCCUUAUCUUCUAUUGGUGUCAGGCAAUUAUGUGUAAAAAAACAAAAAUCAUGUACAGCUAUAAUAAUCCAUGAACAUACACCCAGAUGAUAGUGUGUAAAGCCUUCAUUAGAAGCUGUAGAUUUGGUCAACCUAGCUGUGUCUUUCUUAAGGCUUUUGAAGAGUGGUGGUUGUUAGGAUAAUAAAUAAUCUGUUGUACUUAAACAUUAUGUAUGACUUCACCAUCAUUGGACCUUUUCAAGGAGGGGUAAGUAGAUCUCUGCUUGAUAUACGUUAGAUCAGGGGUAUCCAACCUUGGCAACUUUGAGGCCUAUGGACUUCAACUCCCAAAGUUCUCCACCCAGCCAUGGGAAUUCCACAAGUCUUAAAGUUGCCAAGGUUGGGCACCCCUGCUUACAUAUAGAAUCAGGUGUGUAGAGCUUUAUACCACACUUGUGGACUUCAUCUCCCAGAAUUCUCAUGGCUGGCUGUAGAAUUCUGGGACUUGAAGUCCACAGGUCUUAAAGUUGCCAAGGUUAGAUACAGACUAUUCUUAGAUACAGAAUAAGGUGUGUAGAGUUUAUACCCUAUAUCUAAAAGGCUACGAGUUGAUAUCAACUCCUCCAGUAUUGGCUUAGAUUUGUUUCAUCUGUGAACUUUGGUGUCACACAGUCUGUGCCCAUUUCAUUUACCCAUAGGAGGACUGACAUUGUAUUUCCGCUGGCAUUCUGGAUUGAACCCUGCCACUUGAUUGGUAUUGACGCAAGACAGUUUAAGCUAUCUUGAUUGGUAUUGACACAAGACAAAUUAAGCUACCUUGCUAAUUAAGCUAGGGCACUCUUGCUGUCUUCAAUUGUUCUUUCCUUCAUGAUCUUCGGUUCUCAUUGUGCCUGAAUUUUCUCAUUCUGGGACAGCAUUCCAUUCAUCCUAAGUUGUAAAAUAGUGAUGUUUUUUAAUCAAACACCAUAUUUCACAACAGAUUUUAUUUAUUUACACAUUGAAAAGUUCUCUGAAUUCCUUGUUUUCUCUGAUAUUUGAUAAACAAGUUUUGAAGAUAAAUGCUUAUAUUACUGUUUUUCUCUCCCCAACCCUUUUUCUUUUAAUAUCAACUUUGUAUCCUCUGGAAAAGUGCAAGCUUUGAAACAUUCUUUGGUCUUUUCUGAUCAAGCUUUAGAAAGUCUCAGUAGAGGAAAAUUUCUCAUAAAUCCAUAAAUUCAAUGGGAAGAAUAAAACUAAUGAGGAUUAGAAGGAUUACUUGGGGGGAAAAAUAUGAAAUUGGUCAGGUUAGCCCGUAUUGGAUCUAGAUUAGUUUCAAACUGGCAUGUUUUCUUAGAAAAUGCAUCUUAGAAGACUCCCCACCCCCCAAAGAAAGAUAUUCCUAUAUGGAUUACUGAGAUAUUUUAUUGUAAAAUGAGAUUAAUGCAGUUGAUCAAUACCCUAACAAUUCAGAACCAGCUUUUUGGAUGACCUUCCUUGAAUAACCAUUAAUGAAUUAGAGAGCUCAUUUACAAGAGAUCGAGAGAGUUCUGAAUAUCAUGCUGAAUAAUAUUUCAUUUUUUUGUUUGAUGACUUCAUUUGGGAAUCAAAUAAAACCGCUAAGACUGAAA